AUGGGAUCCUAUGGUGAUAGUGACGAAGAUGACUAUCAGAGCAACUUGUUGCGCAUGGCAGCGGAGGAUGCCGAGGCGGACUUGUCGGACUAUAGUAUUGGCUCGUUGAUGGAUGGGAGUGUAGACGCCGAUGUGCCAGACGGUAGUGUGAGAGAAGAGCCCUCGGGGCAACUACUGACAGUCAACAGUGAUGGAGAGAUAGUCAUGGUCGAUGAUGGCAACGAAGAGGAUGCAGAUACAACCGUAACUAAGCAACCAGGCAUCCCCGCCGCUACCAGCCUUCGUGACCCAGAUACUCAACACACAAAAGACCUGAGUCCUUUAGUCAGUGGUGCUAUUCAAGGCAGUGUCAGUAAGGAUAUACUCGGUAGUCGAGCGGAUAUACCACUUAGCAGAAGUCAGGUUGCGGAUACAAGUACGAGUGGCAUAGAGGACGGUGGUAGUAGUACACAAACUGCGUUACCGGUUAUAUCAGGCUUAGCCGGUGUACAGCGGGUGAAUGAUGGCGUACCCGGGACUAUGAGUGCAGUCUAUUCGAUGUCGUUGUCAGAUGAUGAAGAUGCCGAGCAUCUUAGAUCUCUGCGAGAGGCACAACAGGAGCUCCUCUCUGAUUCUGACGGUUUGAACGCAGACGAGUCAGUACAGGCGCCACAUGCCUCGCCCACUUUGACACAGACCGGCAAUGCGUUUAUGCCAGGCACGGAGGAUGAUGAGGAGGAACGCGAGAUGGACGCCCUACAACAGGCCGCGCAAUUGGAGAAGCUGACGCAGGCACAGGCGGAGGUCUAUGCGGAGGGCGAGGGGGUGGAGGACCACGAUUGGAGUGGGCUGUACGGGAUAGGGGACAUUGACAGUGGCGAUGAGAAUGCAGGUGUGGGUAGGGCUAGCAGAAAUAUGGGGAGUAGUAUCGGACGCAGCCACAUAGGUAGGAAUGUUAUGGGGAGUGAGAGGGGAAGCGUAGGGUUGGGUGGAGAUAUGAGGGAUACUGAGGUGGUGGCCAGUGUGAAUCAACGGUUCAAGGGUAUCGGGCGUGAGCGCAGCAAUGUUGUAGAUCGUCUUGGAGGUGCAGGAAGUAGUACAGCACAGGGAAGGCAUGGACAAUUACAGCUACAUCCCGGGUCACAAGCGGAUGCGGUUGUGCCAUUAAAGGUAAAGACUAGGGCUGGGUCCCUUACACACGCCACUCCUACAGAGGUGGGCGCGGGAGAGAAGCCACAGCAGAACACACUUCCGACACAGAUAGACACACAAAGUAUUAGAGUACCACACGCACAAACGCGGACACAGAUACCCACACAGACUAAGAAGAAAACACCGACACAGAAGCAGGCACAGUCUAGCUCAGGCCCGCACAUGACCUUCCUCGAUCGGAUGCUCUCCAGAAAACGCUCUCGGCCAAAAUCGCGUAUGAAAGUAGCUAUGCCUACCUCCACACUGAAACCUGCACCAAUAACCACUGGAUCUACGUCUGGAGUCACAAUAUCCACAGAACAAUCCACAACAGCGCUACCAGAUUCACAGACUGAGAAGGGGAAAGGUGUGGUACUUUCUGCAGGGUCUAUUGGGGGUGCCGGUCCGAAUACAGGAGUAGAGAAUGCAGGGAUGAGCACAAGAAGUGCUUAUACAAAUACACAAAGCACUAAAUUGUCCGGGGCAGCGCCAGUACUCGCGACUGCGGGUGCGGAUGUGAGUGCAGAACUACCCUCUCUAAGAAUUUUUCCGGGAAGUAACUCCGGAGUCAGGGGGGUGGGUAUAGGGACAACCACGCACAUAGAUACAUCCGAAGCGAAUUCCAUCCCUUUUUCUAUGAGCGCCCAGCCGCUGUCCAGUGGCAAUAGGACAGUAGCAGGGGCUGGUACAGGCAGUGAGAGCGCGGGAACUCAGGUGGCAUACGGCAUGGGUGGAGGCCUAUCGUCACUUGUGAGUACAGACGAUGUUAGUUCGUGUACGCGUACACUCGCACGAACACACUCACCGCCACUGGCAGAGCCACACUCGUAUGCCCAAACCGAGCAGUAUCCACAUGCGAGUGCGCAAUAUGCAUACGGGGAAGGACUUGACUUUAACAACGCGGAACAUACAGCCGAGAUACGGCGUCGGGCGUUUGCAGUGGAUAUAACCUCUCUCAUCCACACCACCACCAUGGCCAGUGUGAACGAGGCUCUCUCCGUAAAUGUACGCCUGCAGACCCAGUUAAAAAACCAGCUCGCACGCAUACGCUCGCGCAUGGCCCACAUCCAGCGCUGCUACACACAGGUAGAGCCUCUCAGACGAAGAUUUGAUAUGCACAACAGCGGAAAGCGUGCUGAAGUGGUUUUCGAUGGCGAACACGACCCCACUCCCGUUGAUGGCUCGUGGUUCUGUGACGCACCGACACCUGAUGAAAGCAUGCCACGCGGCCCACCCAGCAAUGUAGACGCUUUGUCUCUGCAAAGCAACCCACCCAAGUACUUAGCCGAACCCCGAUUCAACAAAUGGACUCCGAAAGAGAUGGAGGCGCUGCGCAACUCCAUCAGACACUACCACAAACACACCGUGUCAGAUGUGCUCGUAAGGGAGGCUGGUCGGUUGCGACAGAAAGCAAAAAGCUCUGAGGGUCUGACAGAAGCGGAAGAAUUGACGAACAAGGUUGUAUUCCCUAUCACACGCACUGCGUAA